AUGGCGAGCGGACGCAGGGCGAGGAGCCUGCUGGCAGCAUUGGUUCUGCUGGUCGCUGCGGCCUGCCUCUGGAGAUGGACGUUUGCUGAUGCAUUCGUCGCUCCCCAGAUCGGCAGCCGAGCCCCCCGCGGUCCUGUCCGCACGGCCCGCUUCGCCAGUGACAGCGGAGCCGAGGACUCAGUCGAAAUCUCGGGCUUCUCCGGCUUUGUGGUGGGCCUUGCGUUCCUGCCGUACACCUGCUACGCACUCCUGACGGCCGUCAACAUCGUGAGGGGGGAGAGCGUCCCAACCUUCGGCUUCGAGCUGCUCUCCGGUGUGGUGUCCCUUGGCCUGGUGGCCUGGUCGCUGGGCAGCUUUCUCCAGCGUGGCCGAGGCCUGCCGGCUGGGCCCCUGGGAUUGCUGGGCCUGUCGGAGGGCCUCUCCUACCUGGCCGCGCUGGGCCUUCUCUUAGCCACGGCCGCGGCCGGGCUGCGUUCAGGACCUUCGCUGCCCAAGAUCAGCAUGCCCAAUGUCGAGAUACCCAAAGUCAGCCUGCCUGCAGCGCCGUCACUUCCGAAGGGAGUGGAGAUGCCUUCCUUGAAGGUGCCUGACAUGAAGCUGGGGGACCUCAAGUCCAAGCUGCCGGACAUCAAGGUCCCGGACAUCAAGGUCCCGGACAUCAAGGUGCCAGACAUCAAGGUCCCAGACGUGAAGGUGCCAGACGUGAAGCUGCCAGAGGUGAAAGUUCCAGAAGUAAGCCUCCCGAAGACAGAGGCAAAGAAGGAGACAAAGAAGGAGGCCCCGCCUCCUCCGCCUCCUGCGCCCAAGAAAGCCGAGGCCAAGUCAUCGUCGGAUAUGGCAGAUCUCUUUGCCUGA